GGAGAAGGAGGGGUACGGGUGGGCAGCAGAACGGUUGGAACAGAGGGAUCCCAAAUUCUGCCUCCCUCAUUUAAGGGAGGGGAUUCCUGCUUUUUGGGAACUAGGAACGUAGUGCUGUGUGACGGGAGUAUGAGAUGUGGCCACUUCAUGGUAACAAGUGCUGUGUCCUGCCUUCAGUACCAAAAAGACCAUGAAGAGGGAUGUCCUGAAAAGAAGUCACACGGUCAGCUUUUAAUUUUGGAAGACACUCGAUGUUACCUACCUGAUGGCCUUCUUACAGGGAGGGAGGAAAAAAAUAGAAGGGUGAAGGUGCCAUCAGACAUGCUGGAAUGUUGAGUCAUGCUUCAGCGCUGCGUACAGGGCUGCCUGCUAGUUCCCAGGCUGAUCCCUUACAUUUUGCAUUUCAUCAGUUACACAUUUUCAAGGUGGCAGCCUCCAAAAAAGCUGUGAGGGAGUCACAUGUGGGGCUAAUCCUUUAAAGACUCUUCUUGAGUUAUUUGUGAAAGAAGCAGAUGUUGCAGAUGUAUGUCUCUUACUCAUCUUUUUUCUGGCCUUUUUUAUUUUGGGGUUUUUUUGUUGUGUUUUUUUUUUUUCUUCUGCAUGUCUCUCGUGGUGACUUUGUGUGGGGGGUAAAAGCUUAAAGUUUGGCGCUAGCAGGAAGUCGAUGAUGUGACAAGAAAAGAAAACACGGCGUACUGCUUGCACUGUAAGAUAAACACUGCUAUCAGCCCCUCCUUCAGCGCUGUUCAACCUCUGUUCCUCCAAAUUUCUGCUAGGAGCAGUGUUAGAAGUCCCAGGGCUCCCUCCUGCGUGGGAGAUGCUUGCAGUGCUGGCCACGGUCGGUCUUCAGGAGGACGUGAGCCCAGCAGCUGCUCGCAAUGCUGGGGGGGUUGAUGCUGUCCCCUGAGGCCCAGGACGAAUUGUGUCUGCAUCCCAGGGAAUGGGUUGGGUUUAAAAAUCCGUGGGUUUAUUUUACUCCCCCCACCCCUGCCUUAUUAAUUCAAUUGCUCUUCGGUUUCUGAAGAAUUUCUGAGGGGGCGGGGGGGGGUGUGGAGAGAUCUAUUUUAAACUGCCCCCUUCUUUAAUUCGUGUCUUGUUCGUGAUGUAUUUUUGCCAGCAGCACUUUGCGAUCCAAUUGCCACUUCUAAAUGUCAUUUACUUGAAUAAAAAGAUGUAAUUACAUUUCUAGGUGUGACAUAAGCACAGAAAGUAGCAACUGAAUCGCAAAGUGCUGUUCAAACAGCAGCUUUCCCAUGACAGGAGGGAAAGUUUAUCAAGUCCAGGGUAUGCUGUAUUGCAAGUGUAGCAAAAGUACUGAAAAUCACUUGUUUGCAGGUUUUCCCAUCUCCCAUUAAGUGUUUUAUUAGGGAAAUACCUACUUAUAAAUCCCCCAUAUUAAAUAAAAAUGGAUGAGCAAUAUUUGCUUAUCUCGUUCUCGAUUUGUGUUUUUGAUGGAAAUCAGUAAGCCAGUGCUUCCCAGCACUCCCUGAAGAAGAGUCGCUCAUGCUCCUGUUAACCAUAUGCCUUGAAAGGGGGUCUGCUGGACUCCAGUAGGUUUUUUUCGGGAUUAAUACCAUCAAAAGCUUUUUCAAAAGAUUGCUUGAUUCAGCUUAAAAGCUGAUGCAGACUUCUCAUCUUUUUGCCUGUGAAAGGGGUAAAGGAAAAAAGUUUGCAUUCGUUUGUAUUUCUGGUACUCCAUAAAGCAAAGUAUCUCAUAUUAACAGAUGGGCCAGCUCUCACUCUUUGUAGUCCCAGUUUGUUCAAAAUCAAAAGAGGGCCCAUACAGUCAUUUUAAGUAACAAAAUGAAAGCCUGCUGCAUCUUCCUUUUAAUACUGUAUGUUUAAAUUGCUGUUAACGAGUUUCAUUUGAAUCAUCAUUUGUUUUCGUACAACAGCAUGACAAUGUAAAUCCAAAAUACUCACUGAUCCUUGGGCUGAACAACAUUUGUAAGCCCUCAGGUUCCCUUCUAGAUUCAGUUAUUUACAGCCUACCGAGGCUUUUUCAAUGCUGAUGCCUUUAUCCUAAAGAAGAGAGAGGAAAGAAUUGCGGUGGCUUGAUUCUGCCAGGACUGUUGUCUGUUGCGAAUUCUCAGUGGCCGGUUCUCUAGGUAGCAACUUGGGUGCUUCUUGAGAACGUGCCUAUUGGUAUCCAUCAGCAGUAGGUGUGUGUCUGUGUAUGUCCCGGUGUCUCCAUGAGCUAUGCCAUUUUCAAACCUUACAGCUGAUGUUUCGCUGUUUGUCACUUGGCAGCAGUAAUAAACGUUUCCUGCAGCUUCAGAUUUUCGGUCUUUUUGGUUGCCCGUGAGUGCGCGUCUUGGUUUUUCGUACUUGGAGCCUGCAGGCGUGAGCCCCGGUCGUGCCAGGGACGCUGAGGAGUAGAAGCUGACAGAAGACCUCACCUCUCCUUUGUCUUGUAUGAAAAGCGUUCACAGCAGCACAGGUUUUGUGUAAAGGAGAACCAGCACCCCAAAAGCUUCCCCUAUUACCUCUUUAAAGUUUAUUAACACCUUGUCAUUUACAGCUCUUACCCUGCUUUUUGUUCACGGGAGAGAUGAGGUCUGGCUCUUGCCUCUGGACAACUUGCACUUGACAUCCUGUAAUAAAGCUUCUUCAGACAACAGAGUACUGGAAAAGGCCAAAUAUCAGCAAUGCUUGUAAAAGUGUACGCCUAGCUCUUUACCUCAUGGCCGAGGUUGGGAUUCACACGUAACUCUUUGCCUGGAUACUUGUCCACAGUGCAUGGGCUUAAGUGGCUUGGAAAAACUUAAGCCCCUCUUAAAUUUCCCGUUAAGGCCAGGAGGGGCAGAAGUUCAACUGACAUAAAACUAUGCUGAGAAGGUAUGAGGUGCAUUCCUGGACAACAGCCACCAAACAAUCCUUGCGUCUCGUGUGGCAAAAAGUGAAGGCGCAGCUAAUGCUAAGCAUGUCUUUCCUUGUUGCUGUUUUUUGGUAUUGCAGAAGGCUGUAUGGCUUUUUAGCACAGCUACUGAAACGGUGCAGCAACUACCUUCAGAGAAAGCUCAUAAGGAAUCUCAGUGUGCUGACCGAAGUUGAUCUACUUGGUUAUAGUGCGAGAGAAUGGAAAGGAGAAACAAAGCAGGCCAAACUCAUGAGGGAGGCAUAUGAAGAAUUGUUUUGGAGCUAUCAUAUCAAAUAUCUGCGGCAAGUCAGGAGGGACAACUAUUGUGUACUAAGAGCAGUGCUUUUUCAGAUAUUCAGCCAAGGCAUUCCUUUUCCAUCAUGGAUGAAGGAGAGAGAUAUAUUAAAGCUCCCUGAAAAGCUUUUAUAUUCUCAGGGUUGCAACUGGAUUCAGCAAUACAGUUUUGGGCCAGAAAGGUACAUGGGUCCCAAUGCCUUUGGUAAAUUGCGCAAAUGUAUGGAGACAUUAAAGACAAACUGGACUGAAAUAAGUGCUACCAAAGAUCAUGAAGAAAGAGGAAACAUGUGCAAUACACUCUUUUCUGAUGAGAGCAAGGAGCACAAACUAUAUGAGGCCAUAAAAUUCAUCAUGCUCUACGAAGUUGUUGAAGCCUAUGAGCAGAUAAAGAGCAGGGAAGAACCCAUACACAACCUUUUUAGCCUUCUCCUUGCUCGUGAUUCUUCAUCUGAUCCUUUGAGUUUCAUGAUGAAUCAUCUGAACUCCAUAGGUGACUCUCUUUGCCUAGACCAGGUUGAACUGUGUCUUCUUGGAUACUUACUUGAAGUAAAGAUCAGAGUUUACAGACUGCAUAGGUUUAAUACUGAGGAAUUUCAAGUAAACUAUCCAGAUGAAUACCGAAGGGAGUGGAAUGAGAUUUCUCUCCUGACCGAGGACGACCGCUACUAUCACAUCCCCCUUUUCAGAACGUGAAGGACCGAUGACUUCUUUUUUUUUUUGCCUUUGUAUAAUAUAGUGAGUGACCAGUUCCAGUGAACUAGGUUUCUAAUUGGCAGCAGUAAGAUUCUGAGAAUGCUUGCUAAUGAUUACAAAAUGAUUUAUAGGUUUAUUGUGUAAACAUUUUGCUUUCCCAUUACAGCUCAAUUCACCAUCAGUCAGCCAUAAAAACCAGAAAAUAUUUUGCUAUACUGUCAGGGGGAAAAAUGUCAUAUUUGAGGGUUGUCAGACAAAAAAGCUUAGACUGCAUGACAAAGGCGGCAAAGGUAAUGCUGGGUUUUCCACUGUUAGCCUAAGGGUUUACCCUGACAUCUCUGGAUGGGUUAAACUCAAGUUCCUAAAGGAAUUACUGCUCUUCCCUCGUCCGUCUCUAGGUAGGGGGGAACGAAUCACACAGGCAGCAACUCUGGGGUCCCACAGUGUUCCGGGCUGUUGAGCUUGCAUUGACUUGGGGCUACCCGGGAUGGGAGGAGGUAAACUGGGGCCUCUCCAUAGCUGCCUCGAAUCACGCACGUGGCUUCCCCCCAUUGCUGGAACACCUCCCUCCAGGGAUGGGCAGAGCAAGCAGCCACGGGUUGUGCUUACUUCAGACACCUGAAAUUAGGCUGGCUGCACUCAGCACCCAUAUCUGAAGCUUAAGACAUGUUACAUGGGGGGAACACAAAAAACAACCCCACCCCCCAAAAAAGAAUACUGUGCCAGUGAAUGGAAGAUCUACUUUAUAACUGAGGGGUGUGCAUGAGCUUUCCCAAACCUAAAAAGGGCAAUAUUACUAAGUAACAUGCAAGAGUGUUAGAUCCGGUAGCUGCCUAUGGUUUUUGUCAACUUGUAAAUCCUUUAAGGGCUGAUUUCAACUUUGCCUGCCAAGAGACACCAAGAUUUCCUUUGCAAUUCAUCUGAGAAAGCUGUGCACAGAAUACAGUCACAAACACUGCCUUUUCAGAAAAUAUUAAUUUUCUAUGCAUUAUGUACAUUUAGCAGCGUGUAUGCAUGUUUUAUCCUCUGUGUACAUAUUAAUCUCUGCAUAAGAUUGCUAUCUUUAGUUUAGACUGCUGUGUUUGAAGCAGUCUGUCUGGGACAACUAAAUGAGAUUUACUUUAUUCCGUGGAACAUUUUGCCCAGUUCUCUCUUCUAAAAGAAUCAAUUGUGGUUUGAUAUUUCUAAAAUGAGGGACCUUAAUUUGAACAAAUAUUAAAAUGACACAGCAGAUCUUGCAAGAUACUUGCGGAAAUCGUACAGUCCCAUAGGUAUACGGUUGUAUUGAAAAAAGUGGGGGUUUAUGAAGAGGCAAAGCCUUUCUUUUCCUUAUGCUCUGGAGACCGCCAGGUUUGGUUUUGAACUCCUACAGAAGAAAAUACAAGCCAGUAACAAAAAUGUGAACAGGGCCUGCAGGAGCUAAAGCAGUUGCACCAGGCAGCUAAAUGGUAAUGCUUGCAGUGCACAGAGACCUUUCUGUUCCUUUGUGUAAAGGAAAGCAAUUUUAUCCCUUACGAUCCUUUUACUUGUAUGUAUAUGUAUAUAUAUUUAUAAACACAAACACCUGAAUUCUGUAUUAAACCAGUUUUGUUUCCUGAAAGUUUUUCUGAGUUCAGUUUUUUUCAAUACUUGGUAGCUUUUAAUUCAGAAGGCUUGAUACAUGUAAUAAUUUCAUCUCAUGAAAACCUGCAUAUGAAAUUAUUUAUUAAACUUUUUUUCACUGAAUUAAAUAAUUUAGACUUGGUUCUGCUCCGCACGGGGAAAUGUUGUAAUGCCUGAGAAUAAGGUAUUGUUAUCUAUUUUGCAUCAACUGUAACAUUUACAGCUAUCAAUAAUCUUGUCUGUAUUUUAUUCUUGUUUUGGCACAAGCAAACAUACCAA